UCAUAUUCCGCUUUUCCUCUCACAUAGACAACCUCAAGAGACAAAUGAUCAACAUAUGUGGUAUUGUGGUGUUAUUUUUCAUGUUUGAAAUGAAGUUUAUCAAUAUUGGUAAUCGGUAUCAAAUAUUUAUCAUUUUAUCUAAAGAUGACUGAAAUUCAUUAAUAUUUUAGUAAAAUAGUUCACUCUUACAUAGUGUAAAUAAAGCUAGUGAAAUAAAUUUGAAAGAGUACGGAAGAGAGAUGUUGGGUUGCAAUCAAAAUAUUUGUUUAUUAAUUUCCUGUAUUGUUUUUCUAACGUCUGUUCACUAUUUAUCUGCUUAUUCAUGUGAAUUUAACGUGAGAAUGAAACAGGCCCUGAAAAAUGAAGGGUUCCACAGAAAUUUGACCUAUGGAAUAAUAUUUAACGGAGAAGAUGACCAGUGCUGGUUGUUCAAGGACUGCAUCCUUGGGUUGGAACAGGUAUUGCCAAGUGGAGUGUACGCUAACCCUGAUGAACUCAGCACUUUGAGGCGAAACAAUAAGAUAAAUGCCAUACCAAAGCACCAAGUUAACAUAGAGCUGCCGGCUGAGAAGUCCCCGCCAACUGUAACAUAUGUUAUUGAGAAGAUACAAGACUGCAAGGUGUACAUGUGGCUGCCUGUGCAUGCUCGCUACCAUAUAGCUUUGUAUGGUGGAGGCAUGACCAGAAACAAGAUCGACCCUCCAAAGCUAUACCUCCGCUGUCCAGACCAGCGGCUGGAGAUGUGCAACAAGGCCGCAAAACCUGUGAACUUCCUCUGCAACGGCAGCUCCAAGGAAAAGUGCAGCUGGAAGGAGAUUCCUUACUCUGUGAUGUCAGACAGCAUAGUAUGGAAGAUCCCGGUGGGCGACAUGGACCACUACUCGAAGAUAUCGGUCGGCACCGCCCUGGUCAUCGCCAUUGGCUCCCUCUAUCUGAUCAAAGCGAUACACGAACAUAAACUAAUAACCUCAUUCAACCCCUUUAACAAUCCGUUAUCAUAAUUAUUUAUUUAGACAUUCUAGAGAACGAAUUGUGGCUUAGAGUUAGUGUGUAUAGAGCUGUAUUGACCGUUUGUAAAGCAGGCAGAUACCAGUAUAAUUGUGCCCUUAUAGUCAGUACUGAAUAAAGCCAGAGCGGGCCUGUAGCAAAUUCGUAAAUUCGGCUAACGGAUUCUUUGGUUUGCUUUGGAUUCUCUAAUUUUCCCGUUACUUUUGCUGUGCCACCAACUUGUAUGCGUGUGUAGUGCAGUGUAAGUUAGUACAAACAAUAGCUUGUGCCGGCAGACCUCGGUUUUAAAAAUGUGGUAAGAUUUUUGUUACGGUGAGACAGGCGUUGGAGUGCGGGACCCUCCUACUCGCGGGACCCGUAGCGUUUAUUUUGUUACAUACGUGGUGUAUGCGGAAUUGCCGAUAGUAGGACUUUCGCUGUCGUGGGAGCAAGACGGAGUACUAUAUCUUGCGUCUCGCGUCCACAUUAUAAAAGACCUGGUUUUAAAGCUUAUAGUACAGGCUCUACAGACUUAAUUCUUUGACUUGAGACUUAACCUAUUUGGCACUAAGUGUGUAUAUUCAUGUAUGUAGUACAAUUGAAUAUGAGAAUAAAAGCGCCUUUAUUACAAGGCUGUAAGAUGUAUUUUCCGCAAAUUUUAUAUUGAUAUGCACACUGCAAUUCUUUUUGUUUUACUGCAGUUAUAUUUUUGUUAAAUUAUUUGUAUGUACUGUUUUUAAUAAAUUAAUGUUUAACAUAAAAACAUUCCAGGUUUUGAAAUAAAGAGUUUUCUCGAUUCACAGAUUUCAGGCAACUGAAAGAAAACAUUCUGGGUAAAAUUGUACACAUAUUCCUUGAGAGUCUUUAAGACAAAACACGUGUACCAGAUUAUAUUGGUUUCUUAAAAAUGUAUAAAAGAGGUUGUAUAUUUUUGUAUUUUCCUGUUUGUUUUCAAUCUACCGCCCUCCGGCGGUAAAAUCAACUAACACCAUCCUUAUUUUAAUGUAAUAAGGUCGAUUUUGGUAUUUGACAAACUGUCGAUGGUAUUUGCUUAUUAAAAUUUGUAUUAUGAUCUAGUCAUGUAUAAAUAUAUCUUUUUCAUGAGGCUAACAGAAAAACAAUGUUAUAAAUAAGUAUUCAAAAGGAAAGAUGUAAAAUGAUUACUUGGUAUAUAUUUGGUUUGAAUUGCAAUUAUAAUAAAUACAAUUCCAUUAUGUAGGUGGUUUGAUCAUCGUCACUUAAAACGGCUGCGUUUAAUUCACAAAAAAUUGUGUCGACUUACAAUAAGUCUACAAUAAUUUUCAACUGUCUACUAAAAUCUCCGACUAUAUACUCACACAGGUACCGUUGUAAUACUAAAUUUGUACGCACUAUUUUAAUAGAGAUGUGGACUGAAUGACUCGAAAAUAAAUUAUGUAGUGAUAGCAAA